UCGAAGAACGAUAGACCGAUAGCAUAGCCGGAGCUUAUCAAACAAAAGGAAUAAACUUAGCUUUCUAGCGCAAACUACGACUAAACAAAGGCCCCCGGACAGCAUGGAGCAAAUGGAAGUGGAUGUGGACAUGUCGGCCAAGCCGAGCACCUCGUCCUCCUCCGGCGGGGCCAGCAAAGCACAGGAGCCCACCCCAAACCCACAACCGCAGCCCCAGGGAAACAUAAUGGCCGCGGUGGGCACCAGUGGCUCGGUGACCAUUUCGCUGCAUCCCCUGGUCAUCAUGAACAUAUCGGAGCACUGGACACGAUUUCGGGCGCAGCACGGAGAGCCGCGACAGGUGUACGGGGCCCUGAUUGGCAAGCAGAAGGGCCGCAACAUUGAGAUUAUGAACUCGUUCGAACUCAAGACGGAUGUGAUCGGGGAUGAAACGGUGAUCAACAAGGAUUACUACAACAAGAAGGAGCAGCAGUACAAGCAGGUAUUCAGCGAUCUCGACUUUAUAGGAUGGUACACAACGGGCGAGAAUCCCACUGCCGACGACAUUAAGAUCCAGAAACAAAUAGCCGCCAUCAACGAGUGUCCCAUCAUGCUGCAGCUGAAUCCGCUGUCCCGCAGCGUGGACCACCUUCCCCUGAAGCUCUUCGAGUCCCUGAUCGAUCUGGUGGACGGCGAGGCCACCAUGCUAUUCGUGCCCCUCACCUACACACUGGCCACCGAGGAGGCGGAGCGCAUUGGCGUGGAUCAUGUGGCCCGGAUGACCUCAAACGAGUCCGGCGAGAAGAGCGUGGUGGCCGAGCAUCUGGUGGCCCAGGACAGCGCCAUCAAGAUGCUUAACACACGCAUCAAGAUCGUGCUGCAGUAUAUCAGGGACGUGGAGGCCGGCAAGCUGCGGGCCAACCAGGAGAUUCUGCGUGAGGCCUACGCCCUCUGCCACCGACUGCCCGUGAUGCAGGUGCCCGCCUUCCAGGAGGAAUUCUACACGCAGUGCAACGAUGUGGGACUGAUCAGCUACUUGGGCACGCUGACCAAGGGCUGCAACGACAUGCACCACUUUGUGAACAAGUUUAAUAUGCUAUACGACCGCCAGGGAUCCUCUCGCCGCAUGCGGGGCCUCUACUAUUGAUAUGCAAACCUCUAUUAAAGCUUCUGAGAUAAAUAUACGA